GCCGUCCACUCCCGUAUACUAUUCAUUGUGUGUGACGUGUACUAAUAGAAUAGGCCUAGAUCUAAGAGAAGAGCUGAAGGAAUUAUGCUGAUAAAAUUUGAGAGCAAGAGCCAUAGAGUAAAGGGCCUUUCAUUUCAUCCAACUCGCUCAUGGAUAUUGGCUAGUCUUCACAAUGGAGCUAUACAGCUCUGGGAUUAUCGAAUGUGUUCACUUAUUGAGAGAUUUGAUGAGCAUGAUGGCCCUGUACGUGGCAUCAGUUUCCAUACUAACCAGCCUCUUUUUGUAUCCGGCGGUGACGACUAUAAGAUUAAAGUAUGGAAUUAUAAGCAGAAGAAGUGUUUGUUUACAUUACUAGGUCAUUUAGACUACAUUCGUACCACCUUCUUUCAUCAUGAGUAUCCAUGGAUCAUUAGUUGUUCUGAUGAUCAGACCAUUAGGAUCUGGAACUGGCAGUCAAGAACAUGUAUAUGUGUUCUUACUGGUCACAAUCAUUAUGUCAUGUGUGCUCAGUUUCAUCCCUCAGAGGACCUUGUUGCUUCUGCUUCACUUGAUCAAACUAUUCGUAUCUGGGACGUAUCUGGUUUACGUAAGAAGACAGUGUCUCCUGGUUCUGGUUCCAGAUUUGAUGAUCAUCACUCCAGGUCAACUGGAGGAGGAGGAGGAGCACCCACUGAUCUCUUUGGAACUGCUGAUGCUAUUGUGAAACAUGUGCUGGAGGGUCAUGAUAGAGGUGUCAAUUGGGUUAGUUUUCAUCCAUCCCUCCCUCUCUUGGUAUCUGCUGCUGAUGACAGACAGGUUAAACUAUGGAGAAUGAAUGAUGCAAAGGCUUGGGAGGUUGAUACAUGCAGAGGUCAUUAUAAUAAUGUCUCGUGUGUUAUGUUUCAUCCAAGACAAGAUCUCAUUAUCAGUAAUUCUGAGGAUAGGUCAAUUAGAGUCUGGGACAUGUCAAAAAGGACUGCUAUUUAUUCUCAUCGUCGUGAGUCUGAUCGGUUCUGGACCGUAGCUGCUCAUCCCUCACUCAAUAUGUUUGCUGCUGGUCAUGAUGGAGGGAUGAUGGUCUUUAAACUGGAGAGGGAGAGACCAGCUUUUGGUCUACACCAGAACACACUCUAUUACAUUAAAGAGAGGUAUCUAAGACGCUAUGAAUUGGGUACUUCUAAAGACCAUCCAAUAAUGGCUAUAAGGAGAAAUGGUACUCCACAGUACAGGUCCUCCCCUCACUCUCUCUCUUAUAAUCCUGCUGAAAAUGCUAUCCUAGUUUGUUCUAAUACCACUAAUACUGAAACUGCUUAUUAUGAAUUAUUUGCAAUUCCUCGUGACGUCGACACUUCAAAUCCUGAAUUUGUUGAGAGUAAAAGGUCUCCUGGUAUAGCUGCUGUUUGGGUUGCUCGUAAUAAAUUUGCUGUCCUUGAUAAGAACCACCAGCUAUUAAUUAAGAAUCUUCGUAAUGAGGUCUCAAAGAAAGUUCAGACUCCACCCUGUGACACCAUCUUCUUUGCUGGUACUGGGCAACUACUCCUGAAGGAUAAUGAAGGAGUCACACUGUUUGAUGUACAACAACAAAUUUCCUUGAAUACUGUCCGUAUUAGUAAAGUAAAGUAUGUUAUAUGGUCAGCUGAUAUGACACACGUGGUGCUACUGGGAAAAUUGUCUCUUGCACUGUGUAACAGGAAGUUGGAGUGUUUAUGUACAAUAACUGAGAAUGCUCGCCUUAAAAGUGCAGCCUGGGAUGACAGCAAAGUUCUCCUCUACACGACUUCAAACCACAUCAAAUACUGUCUGUUUAACGGUGACUAUGGUAUAAUACGUACGUUGGAUUUCCCAGUAUACCUCACAGCAGUCAAAGGUGGUAAUAUAUACUGCCUGGAUAGAGACUGUAAGACAAGAGUACUGAAUGUGGACACCACUGAAUACAAAUUUAAACUAGCACUGGUGGAAAAGAAAUAUGAUGAGGUGUUACACAUGGUUCGUACUGCAAAGCUUGUUGGUCAGUCAGUGAUUGCUUAUCUCCAGAAGAAAGGAUAUCCUGAAGUUGCUCUUCAUUUUGUGAAAGAUGAGAAAACAAGAUUUGCACUUGCACUCGAAUGUGGAAACAUAGACAUUGCACUGGAGGCAGCUAGGACAAUGGAUGACAAGCAAUGCUGGGAGAGGCUGGCAGAGGCUGCUCUUGCUGUGGGUAAUCAUCAGAUUGUUGAGAUGUCGUAUCAACGUACAAAGAACUUCGACCGUCUCACAUUUUUAUAUUUAAUAACAGGGAACAUAGAAAAAUUAAAGAAAAUGAUGAAAAUUGCUGAGGUACGUAAGGAUAUUAGCAGUCAUUAUCAAAGUGCUCUGUUGCUUGGAGAUGUUGAGGAAAGAGUUAAAGUACUCAAAAUGGCAGGACAAAAUUCACUGGCCUACCUAACAGCAGCUACUCAUGAACUAGCAGAAGAAACUACUUCAUUAGCAGAAUCACUGGCUCACUUAGAGAAAUUACCAGAAGUAUAUCCACAUGCUAAGCUCCUCCUUCCAUCUCCUCCAGUGUCUCAGAUUGAAGAGAACUGGCCUUUAUUAACAGUGUCAAAGGGUUUCUUUGAAGGAGCGAUUGCUGGAGGUAAAGCAAGUGACCUCUCAACUGCAAUAGGUCUACUGGAAGAGGAGGAUGGAGGGGCAGGAGGAUGGGGUGAGGAUGCUGAACUUGAGAUUGAUGAAACUGGUGAUAUAGUGGAGAGAGGUGCUAAUGGUGAGCUGGAGGGACUGGAGGGGGAGGAAGGAGAGGAGGGAGGGGCCGGGUGGGACAUUGAAGCUGAUGACCUGGAUCUUCCCCCUGACCUGGAUUUGGAUCAUGCUGUUGGUGGAGAUGUAGAGGGAUAUUACGUGCCCCCUGCCAAGGGGUCCAGUCAAGCUGAAGUCUGGGUCAAGAACUCACAGUUGCCUGGGGAUCACGUGAUGGCUGGAUCCUUUGAUACAGCAAUGAUGUUGCUUCAAGAUCAAAUUGGAGUCAUUAGGUUUGAGCCAUUCAAAGAACACUUCCUGUCUGCCUACUCUCAGAGUCGUGUUGUUGUUGAGGCCAUACCUCUCCUCCCCCCACUGUUAGGGUACCCUCAUCGUAACUGGAGGGAGGCAGGAGCCAAGGGAGGACUGCCUGCAACAGCUCUGAGACUCUCUGAUCUCAGCAACAGACUACAACUUGCCUAUCAAUCAACCACAGGUGGAAAGUUCCAAGCAGCUGUUGAUAUAUUCAAGUCGAUAAUGAUGGAUAUCCCAUUGCUUGUUGUUGAUAACAAAGACCAGGUAGCUGCUACUCAACACUUACUCUCAAAAUGCAGAGAGUAUGUUCUUGGACUGAAGAUGGAGAUCAGUCGUAAAGAAAUGCCUAAAGGCACACUAGAGGAGCAGAAAAGAGUUUGUGAGGUUGCAGCUUAUUUUACUCAUUGUGAUUUAGAACGUGUUCAUAAUAUUUUAACUCUUAGGACGGCUCUUAAUUUGUUUUACAAGAUAAAGAAUUAUAAAACAGCUGCUUCUUUUGCCCGGAAACUUCUUGCUCUUGGACCUACCCCUGAUGUAGCUAAUAAUACCCGUAAGAUCUUACAAGCGUGUGAUAAGAGUCAAACAGAUGCCCACAAGCUUCAAUAUGAUGAACACAAUCCAUUUGUGGUGUGUGGUGCCUCAUAUAAACCAAUAUACAGAGGAAAAGCUUGCGAAAAAUGUCCAUUCUGUUCUACAUCUUAUCUUCCAGAAUAUUCUGGAUCUGUCUGUACUGUUUGUGAGGUUUCUGAGGUGGGGAAGGAUUGUAAAGGUCUUCGUGUCAGUGCUGUUCAAUUUCGUUAACUUAUUAUUUGGUGGGUGGUUGGAAUAAUAUUAUUAUGCAAUGACUCUAGUUCAAUAUUUGUUUUUUUCAAUUUAAUAUUAUUAUUAAUAAUAAUUGUUAAUUGUUAUGUUGUUAUUAUUAAUAAUAAUAUUAUUUAAACUGUAUUAUGUGACUAAUAAUGAUAAUUUUGACUGCAUAUACUUUUAGUUUGGCUGUCAAAUAAUCAUGCACUACAAUUGAUGUAGUUUUGUAAAAAUAUUUUUGAGAA